AGUGGGCGUGUCCCGAGGCUGGUGUGUGAGAAGCAAAGGCGGCUGUGAGCUGGGCUGGGGGUGGUGUCGAAUGUGCAUGGUAUUGUGGAAAGGGCCCUGAACUUGGAAUUAGAAGACCUGAGUUCAAGUCCUAGCCGUGCCCCUUAUUAGUUGUGUGGUCUUCGGUGAAUCCCUUCACCUCUCUGAGCCUCAGUUUCCUCAUGUGUAAGAUGAGAAGGAUGGACUUGAUCUCCUUCCAACUCUGGCACUUCUUGUGUUCCCUUCAUCCCCUAGCUAUGGGGCUCCUGUUGGAUUCACACAGGCGUCGGGCCUUGGCUCGUUUGCUCUUGCGCCUAAACACUCCACUCUGUGUGAUGAGCUAUUUGGCUGGUGUGACCUGGUUCCUGGCUCUGGCCUUUUCACCACUGACCCAGAACACAUACAUAUCAGAGAAUGCUAUGGGUUCCACUAUGGUGGAGGAGCAGUUUGAGGGUGGAGAACAUGCCCUCACCUAUGCCAGAGAUUUCAUUGCCCAGCGCAGGAAAACAGGAAACUUGCCCGUGGCCUGGCUGGAGCGGUCCAUGCGUUCUGUGGGACUGGAAGUGUAUACUCAGAGCUUCUCCCGAACAUUGCCCUUCCCUGAUGAGACCCACGAGCGAUAUAUGGUGUCAGGUACCAACGUGUAUGGGAUCCUCCGCGCUCCAAGGGCAGCCAGCACUGAGUCACUGGUACUCAUUGUGCCCUCCAGCCCUGAAACCCUCAAUGCCCAGGCAGUAGGACUGCUGUUAUCGUUGGCUGCUUACUUCCGAAGUCAGAUUUAUUGGGCCAAGGACAUCAUCUUCUUGGUGACGGAGCAUGACUUGCUGGGCACAGAGGCCUGGCUAGAAGCCUACCAUGAUGUCAACAUUACUGGGAUGCAGUCGUCUGCACUUCGGGGCCGGGCAGGGGCCAUCCAGGCAGCAGUGGCCCUGGAGCUGAAUAGUGAUGUGGUCACCAGCCUGGACGUGGCAGUGGAGGGCCUGAAUGGGCAGCUGCCUAACCUGGACCUUCUCAAUCUCUUCCAUGCCUUCUGCCAGAAGGAGGCUCUGCUCUGCACCCUGCAGGGGAAGCUGCAGCACUCAGACUGGGCAUCUCUGGGAGGCUCCCUGCACGGACUGCAGACAUUGAUGCUCAUGGUCCUGCGUCAGGCUUCUGGCCGCCCUCAUGGUCCCCAUGGGCUUUUCCUGCGAUACCACGUUGAAGCCAUCACCCUACGUGGUAUCAACAGCUUCCGCCAGUAUAAGUAUGACAUGACUGCUGUGGGCAAGACCUUGGAGGGGAUGUUCCGCAAACUGAACAAUCUUCUCGAGCGACUGCACCAGUCCUACUUUUUCUACCUCUUGCCAUCACUGUCACGCUUUGUCUCCAUUGGUCUCUACAUGCCUGCCAUAGGCUUCCUACUUUUCAUCCCUGGUCUAAAGGCCCUGGAACUGUGGGUGAAGCUCAACAAAGUGGACUUUGGCCCUGAGGAGCGGUCAGGCCCCAAUCACAGCCCUCCCCAACCUGUCGCACAGGAAGCCCGAGGUGUGGCCCUCACCCCUCUGGUGGCCCCUGUGCUGAUCUCUCAGGCCACUGGUUUGGCCCUGUACCUACUGCCCGUCAUGGGCCAGCAUGUGGCUGCCCAGCACUUCCCUGUGGCUGAAGCUGAGGCUGUGGUACUCACGCUGCUCGCCAUCUAUGUGGCUGGCCUGGCCUUGCCUCACAGCACCCACCGGGUAGUGAGUAGCACCCCCCGAGGCCCAGACAGUGGAUGGAUGGCCCUGAAGCUCCUAGCGCUGCUCUACCUGGCCAUACAGCUGGGUUGUAUCUCCCUCUUCAACUUCUCUCUGGGCUUCUUGCUUGCUGUUACCAUGGUCCCUGCUGCUGCCCUUACCCAGCCCAGUGGACCCAGGCUUCUGUACGCAGUGUUACUGGUCCUGGUGAGCCCAGGGGCCACACUCCUGGGCAGCCUCUUCCUGUGGCGUGAGCUGCAGGAGGCACCCCUGACCCUUGCUGAGGGCUGGCAGCUAUUCCUCGGCGCUCUGGCCCAAGGUGUCCUGGACCACCACCUCUAUGGCGCCCUGCUUUUCCCACUGCUCUCCCUAGGCCUCUACCCAUGCUGGUUACUCUUUUGGAAUGUCCUCUUCUGGAAAUAGUGACCCCAUCCCCAUCUCCUCACUAUCCCUUGGGCUUAUCUAAAACCAAGAGGGCGUUGAGGAAUCGUCCCCUCUGUGUCUGUGAUGAAGAGUUUUAUAAAUGUACAUACGGUUGGAUGAACUCUCCGACAUCAUCCAGUCCAACCUCUUCUCUUAGAGAGGAAAACAGUAUUGAAGCAGGGAAAAGACAAGGUCACACAGUGAGUCAGCAGAGCUGGACUUUAACUCAGGCCUUACCUGCAGGCCAAAGUUCUUAGGGUGACAUCCCCACAGCCUUUGGGAAUCCUUACUUCAAUACUACCUGGGGACAAGUUAACCCAGGGCCAAUACCUACUGCUGGAAGGAAGUAGGACUGUGUGACUGCCUACAGCAGGGGCAGGGAGGCUGAAGAGGGGGAAAGGGAGGUCCACACAUGCUCCAAAGCAGCAAUUUGGUUGGGUUGCUUUGGGAGGACCUCUCCAUGUGUUUCUCCUCCAUUUCAAGGAAAUAAACAGGUCUGGGGGGUUUUGUGUUUGUGGAU